CUCGCCUUGCAUUGCCUUGCCUUGCCUCUCUGCCUGUGGCGCAUGUGCCAACCGCCGUCCCAGCUCCACAAGGAGCAGCAAGAGCCGCCUUCGCCAUGAAGGAUCGCACCCAGGAGCUGCGGACGGCCAAAGACAGCGAUGAAGAUGACGAGGUGGCUGUGGGAGUGGAUCGGGACCGUUUUAUGGAUGAGUUUUUUGAGCAGGUGGAAGAGAUUCGGGGAUUCAUCGAGAAGAUCGCCGAGAACGUGGAAGAGGUGAAGAGGAAGCACAGUGCCAUCCUGGCCUCCCCGAACCCCGAUGAGAAAACCAAAGAGGAACUGGAGGAUUUGAUGUCGGACAUCAAGAAGACGGCCAACAAAGUCCGCUCCAAGCUAAAGAGUAUCGAGCAGAGCAUUGAACAAGAGGAAGGGCUGAACAGAUCCUCUGCGGACCUGCGAAUAAGGAAAACACAGCAUUCAACCUUGUCUCGGAAAUUCGUGGAGGUCAUGUCCGAGUACAAUGCGACGCAGUCCGAUUAUCGGGAACGCUGCAAGGGACGCAUCCAGAGGCAACUAGAGAUAACCGGCAGGACUACCACCAGCGAGGAACUGGAAGAUAUGCUGGAGAGUGGCAACCCUGCCAUUUUCUCCUCUGGGAUCAUCAUGGACUCCAACAUCACCAAGCAGGCGCUGAACGAGAUUGAGACGCGGCACAGCGAGAUCAUCAAGCUGGAGAACAGCAUCCGGGAGCUCCAUGACAUGUUCAUGGACAUGGCCAUGCUGGUGGAGAGCCAGGGCGAGAUGAUCGACCGGAUUGAAUACAACGUGGAGCACGCCGUCGACUACGUGGAAAGAGCCGUGUCGGAUACAAAAAAGGCCGUGAAGUACCAGAGCAAAGCCAGACGGAAGAAGAUCAUGAUCAUCAUCUGCUGCGUGGUGCUGGGCGUUGUCAUCGCCUCCACGGUUGGAGGGAUUUUUGGCUAGGUGGCCCACGGCUGGGACUGUGUAGUCUUUGACAAUGCCAAGGCGGAAGAGAGGGGCACGCCGGAGCAACUGGGGCCCAACGCCCAGCCUCUGCCCUGGAACAGCUGCUGGGGAAGGGGGCACAAAAUGGGCAGCCCAGCACUUCUGUCUCUAAUGCAUGAUCUUUCGUGUUAAUGCUGCGUGUCAAAUACAAGGGGUAUGUGCAUUAAGGGGGGAGGCGGGCUGCAUGUGAGACGGCACAGGGGGCUGGCACAGGGGCGCAGAGUCCCUCUUGGCAGCCUUUCACUUGUCUUUGGACCCCUCUUCUUAUCCCAAAGUUCAGCCAUUUCCCCUCUCCACUUCUGUACCAGCAUAGGAUUCAAGGUGACUCAGCCAUGGGUGAUCUUGGACAAGUUACAUGCUCUCAGCUUCAGGGGAAGGCAAUGGCAAACCUCCACUGAACCAAUCUUGCCAAGCAAACCCCAUGACAGGGUUGCCUUAGGGUCACCACGAGUCAGAAAUGACUCGAAGGCACCCAACGCACGCAAGUCCAGUUUACAAUCUCAUAACUACUGAACAGAAUGCCAACCAACGUUUCCCAUGUGUGGGGUUUGUUUGUGCAAAAUCGCUGGUGUGUGUGUGUGUGUGUGUGUGUGUGUUUGUUUGUGCAUUUGGACAAAAGCAAAACCCUAGCCAUUUGGGGCAUGUGGGAAGUGGUGUUGGGGCACCAAAAUGUGUGUUGUGCACAAAAACCAAAACAAAACUCUGAUUUUUAUGCCAAAAAGGAUCACAAAAAUAUUUCUGGACAGAAUCAUUUCUCAAAACGCUUUGAGGUUAAGAUGUGUGCAGAAGUGUUUUGUUUUCACCUGCAAGCAGGGAGAAAACAACGGACGUUGUUGAUCCUUACAUGUGAGAAUGUGUUUGGAUGUUAUACUUAGGUGCAGAGUCCAGAAACCACCUCUUUUCCAGUAACUCAGACUUUAAAUUUAGCCUUUUCUUGUGCAGUUCCUCUCUGCGCUUUUCUCAUGCGCUUGUGCGCUUCCACUUUCCUUGGGAGCUGCUGGGCCCAUGAGCUUUGUCUUCCCUCUGGGACCUUAAUUUCUUAGGAAACCACCAGCAUAUGGGGCGAGUGACCCCUCAUGACUGGCACCCCCUGCCCACACAUCCUUGGGGUCUUCUGCCUCCAUCCGCUCACGCCUGCCUUCGUUGCAUGUCUAAACUGAGCCGUCGGUGGUGUGUCUGUGUCGUCGGGAAGCUGUGUCGCUCUCCAAAUCAGGUCCGCCACAAUGCGUCUUGCUGUCUAUUUCUUUGGGAAGGGAGGUCUCUGGCGGGGCCACCACUGCCACGACCCCCGUCCUACCGCCAUACUUGGCAUCCUCGUCUGGGGCAAAAAGGAGGCAUUUGCAAACAAACCAUUCAGUGUGUCUUUUUGGAGGCCUUCUCCAGAGCUGUAACAUUGCCGUAAAAGUGUAACCCAAGUGUCCUUGUCUUUCUCUUUCUCUUGUAGCCCUUCAAACCUGCCUUGCUUUUUCAAUCCUGGUGGAUUUUGAAAUGUCUGUCUGUUGCCUUUUCUCUCUCUCUUUCACUCACUUGGACUCAAGUCCUCCCUCCAAAAAUUUCAAGGGAGUGGGGACAAAAAACAAAACAAAACGGCUUCCUUUUCCGGAUGGAAUUUUAUGUAGAAUAAAGAAGUAUUUAUA